AUGAAACUCUCCGCCCUUCUCCUGUUCCUCCCCGCCCUCACCUCAGCCCAUUGUAUCGCCCAACGCGUCCGCGUCAACGGCCAGGACUAUGGCCAGGGCAACGGGAUACGCGUUGCCGGCUCGAAUAAUCCAAUCACUGAUGUCAAAGAUGGGAAUCUUGCUUGUAACACUGGCUUAUCUUCGAGUAGUAAGGUCAUCGACGUCAAAGCCGGCGACCAGGUGGGCGUCAUGUGGGGUCAUGUCCUAGGCGGACCGCAAUUUGCAGGCGACAAGGACAAUCCGAUUGCGCCGAGUCACAAGGGGCCUACGCUAUUCUACAUGGCCAAGGUCGAUAACGCGGCCACUGCGUCACCUGCUGGACUCAAGUGGUUCAAGGUGUUUGAGGACGGACUCGAUGGCGUUGGGAAAUGGGGUGUGGAUAGGAUGAUCACCGCAAACGGCUGGCAAGACCUCACCCUCCCCCCCUGCCUCGCCCCGGGCGCCUACCUCCUCCGCGCCGAAAUCAUCGCCCUCCACUCCGCCAGCAAGCCCGGCGGUGCCCAAUUCUACGUCGGCUGCGCCCAGCUCAACGUCUCGGGUGCCGGGUCCAGCACUGGCUCUGCAACGGUGUCGUUUCCGGGUGCGUAUCAGAGUGCGGAUCCGGGUAUUUUGGUUAGUAUUUAUGAUAAGAAUGGGAAGCCGGUGGGGAAUGGGACGCCGUAUAAGAUUCCGGGGCCGGCGAAGAUGGGGUGUUAA